UGACCAUUGACAGUUCAUAUCGCCUAACGGGUGGUCGUGUUGCUAAAACAAGACAGCACCCGGUGAAGAACGCUAGAAGCUAACAAACGUCUUUUUUCACUCGUUAUAAUGUUAUGAAUUGAUACCUGCUUUGCAAUCAAUUUACCGGAGUAUAGACGCAUGAAACCAAGGUUAGGUGUAUGAAGGGAGGACGUGGAGAGUGGUCCUGAAGAUGAGGCGUCUGUACAGGAAGAAAGCCCUGAGUCUGGUUAAGGAGCUGGAUGCCUUCCCCAAGGUCCCAGAGAGCUAUGUCGAGACCACAGCCACAGGGGGGACAGUGUCCUUGAUAGCAUUCACUGCCAUGGCACUGCUGGCCUUCUUUGAGUUCUUUGUGUAUCGGGACACCUGGAUGAAGUAUGAAUACGAAGUGGAUAAAGAUUUCUCAAGUAAAUUGAGAAUAAACAUAGAUAUUACAGUUGCCAUGAAAUGCCAACAUGUGGGUGCAGACAUUCUGGACCUGGCAGAGACUAUGAUAACAUCAAAUGGCAUUCAGUAUGAGCCUGUGAUUUUUGAGCUGACCCCGCAGCAAAAACUGUGGCACAGGACCCUGUUGCUGAUACAGAACAGGCUGAGGGAGGAGCAUUCUCUACAGGAGGUCUUGUACAAGAGUGUUCUAAAGGGAGCCCCUACGGCCUUGCCCCCUAGAGAGGGCACCGCCUCAGAGCCCUUAAGUGCCUGUAGGAUACAUGGGCACGUCUACGUCAACAAAGUGGCUGGGAACUUCCACAUCACAGUGGGAAAGCCUAUUCAUCAUCCUCGUGGCCAUGCUCAUAUAGCAGCUUUUGUAAGCCAUGACACGUACAACUUCUCCCAUCGGAUAGACCAUUUGUCUUUCGGAGAAGAGAUCCCCGGCAUCAUCAAUCCUCUGGACGGGACAGAGAAAAUCACCAGCAACCAUAAUGAGAUGUUCCAGUAUUUCAUUACGGUGGUUCCUACCAAACUGCACACGUCCAAGGUGUCGGCAGACACACACCAGUUCUCUGUGACGGAGAGGGAGACUGCGUGGCAAGCUGACCACCUGUUACACGAGUGCAGCAUCAAAAGGACCUUGAGGCUGCAAGGAGCCAAGGAGCGGGUGAUCAACCAUGCCGCGGGCAGCCACGGUGUGUCUGGGAUCUUUAUGAAGUACGACACCAGCUCUCUGAUGGUGACGGUCAGUGAGCAGCACAUGCCCCUCUGGCAGUUCCUGGUACGACUCUGUGGCAUCAUCGGGGGUAUCUUCUCCACCACAGGCAUGAUCCAUGGGUUUGUUGGCUUCUGUUUCGACAUAGUCUGCUGUCGUUUCAAACUAGGCCCAUAUAAACCUAGAGAGGUGGUUCUCCCAGAUGCCCAUGUGAACAACCGUGCUGCUCCGCUCCUGACGGACAACCACGUACAGGAGUAGCCCUGUGACCUGCGCCCAUAUUCACAAAGCUCUGUGAGUAGGAGUGCUGAGCUUGGAUCAGUUUUGCCCUUUUAAGAUAAGAUUGUAUGGACAGAUCCUAGAUCAGCACUCCUACUGCGAGACGCUUUGUGGUUAUGGGACCUGGAGCCUGCUGCUGAUUGUGCACCUACUGUCCCUUCACCUGUGGGGGAAUCCAGGAAGAGAAGUCUCCAAUCACAAGUAUGUGGAUUACUGGGAGUUUGGUUUGAACCAAAUAAGAGUAAACUGAUUAGGAUCCGACAAUCAUAAUUGUUCUAUUUAUUGUUUUGGACAGUAUCCUCAUGACUACCAUUAUAAUAUAUUUAUAUCCUGUAAAUAUGUAUUUUGCACUGGAAAUGGAAAGCAGCUCCCCAGUUAUCAGGCUUAGUGUGUAAAGGUAUUGGGACGUUGUCAUCUGUAAGUUAGGCUGAAUGAAAUCUGAUCCUUCAUACUAUUAACUUGCAUGUCAUGUUUGUUCUAUUUCUAUCUAUUUGCACUGUUGUUCAGUAUCUGUUUCACAUCUGUCAAUGGGAGAUGUCCUAUUAAACGUGUUUUAGUGCACUUCAUCACUUCA